GCUCAUGUGCUCCUCCCUCCAGAAGGCCUUGUUCGACGAGGAGGACCACGUGAAGAAGCUGCAGCAGAAAGUAGCCGCCUUGGAGAAGCGCAACAAGCAGCUACAAGGCCGCGUGAAGAAGGUCAAACGUUUGCUGAGGCAGACCAGGAAGAACGGCCGACACAUGGAACUGAUGAACCAGAAACUCAAUGAGAAACUGUCUUCUGCGGGGUCUCAGUUCCCCUACGCGAACGCCUUAAAGCAAGGCCAUUCUCAUGCCACCUACCUGAAAGCGUGAGAGCAACGCUGGCCCUUCAAGCUACAAGUCUUAGCGAUCCAACGGUGUCUCCUUCUCCACCCUAUCUUACCUUGAGGAAGACUCAACGGGCGUUCAAAGUCUUUCGGCUUUUGACCGUGAAGGAUUUCGCACCUCAAGGGAAUAUCUCACUGGGCU